AUGGCGGCGGCGGCGGAGGCGGCGGCGGGAAUUUCGGACUACCGGCUCUUCGAGGAGAAGCUCAUUCGGGUUACUUUAUGGCUAAAGAAAAUAUACGGGGAUGCGCCUAUUCCACAGUAUGAGGUGAAUGAAAGGACAGUGGAUAUUUUGCAUGAAGUUAUGGAGUGCAAUGAAGGGAGAGACAGGGACGUUACAUUGCUGAUAGAGGACAUGAAGGACCAGACGGCCAAGUAUGAAGCAGAAACUGAGUACUGGCAGUAUAUUCUUGGAGAAAGGCUGGGUCUUUCUGAAGAUAAUCUGUCCCAAGAAGCUGUCGCAGACCUCACUGACCUGGUAGAAAGUGCAAUGGAACUCGAAGUGGAGGACACGUCUCUUACCAGCUUCUUCUGCGCCAUCAAUGACAUGACCUCGGAACUGUAUAAAACAAAAUCAAAAAACGAAGAAAUGGAAUUGAAAUUGAAGACCCUCACAAAAAAACUAACUUCAGCACUGAGGAUAGAAAAGCACUUAGAGGAGGAUAUUAAAAAAUUAAAGGAAUCUCAAGAAGCAGAAAAGGCCAAAGCUGAGAUUCGAUCCAAGAACUUGAAGUUCCUGGAAGAUAAAUCUAAGGACCUAAAAAUAAAGAUCAAGGAAGCUGAGGGUGAGCUUCUUGACAUGGGGUUGGAUCAAUCCCUGACACACGAGGCCCUCGUGAAAUCAUCUGAGGAACUGGCUGCACUGAAGAAAGAAUUGGAGCCGUUGAAGAGGGAACUGAAAUCCUACCAUGAUUUACCUCUUAGCAUUCCCCUGGCACGAGUGAUAGUUGAAGAAGCAAAAAAAGAACUUAAAGCCGUGGACGAAGAGCUCACAAGGGAGCUCGAGGCUGUGCCUUUCGAGCUGACAUAGGCCAGCAAGCCCCAGUUCACCUGAAGUGGCCUACGUGGAACAUGAUUUUCCUUCUGUUUCCUUCUGUUUUCCUUCUUACUUGCACUAGCAACCCAUUUCAGAAUUCUUACUUUACCUUGUCAGCUUCCUCCUAUGUUCUUUUUGUUGGCCUUCUGUUUGUAAACUUUACCUAUUUUUCAUUAAAUAACCUCCAAACCUUC